AGCUUCUCCCGGAAGGAAACAUUAAAAAGUCAAAGAACCUACACAGGUGAGAAACGUUUUGCCUGCACAGUUUGUGGACAAAGAUUCUCUCAAAAGGGAAACUUAACUGUUCAUAAAAGAAUACACACUGGUGUGAAACCUUUUGCAUGCACCCACUGUGGGCAAAGAUUCUCUAUGAAGCAAAGCGUAGAAAUACACACAAAAACACACACUGGUGAGAAACCUUUUGCCUGCACAUAUUGUGGACAAAGAUUCUCUCAAAAGGGAAACUUAACUGUUCAUAAAAGAAUACACACUGGUGAGAAACCUUUUGCAUGCACCGACUGUGGCCAAAGAUUUUCUCAUAAGGGAAACUUAAAAGAGCACAUAAGAACACACACUGGUGAGAAACCUUUUCCCUGCACAGUUUGUGGCCAAAGAUUCUCUCAAACGGGACACUUAACUGUUCAUAAAAGAAUACACACUGGUGAGAAACCUUUUGCAUGCACCGACUGUGGCCAAAGAUUUUCUCAUAAGGGAAACUUAAAAGAGCACAUAAGAACACACACUGGUGAGAAACCUUUUGCAUGCACCGACUGUGGGCAAAGAUUCUCUCAGAAGGGAAACUUAAAAAGUCACACAAGAACACACAUUGGUGAGAAACAUUUUUCCUGUUCAGUUUGUGGCCAAAGAUUCUCGAGGAAGUCUCAGAUUAAGAAUCACAAGUGUGAUGAUGAGACACGCAGUCAUCAGUGAAGUUUUCACCUCUCAUCUGAGUAGGCUUCAUAUAUUCGUGUGGCAAGGCUGAUUGUAUUUUACGUGCCUUCCUACUAGGAUGCUGAAGUUUUCUUUUCCUUGAGUGAAUUGAAAAUGUGUUUUUUUGGUUGUAAUAUUCUAGCAUUUUUAUCAGGGUUAUAAUACUUUUUGAUUCUUAAUGGGAGUUAGUUUUCAUUUGGUUGUGAGUUGUGUUUUUUCAAUGUCGUUUGUUGUAUGUCGUUUUCAGAGGAGGUUUGGUCAUUUGUAUUAGUUUUCUUUUUCCUGCUCAAAAUUGAACCGUCCUUGAAUCGUAUAAAAUGUAUUGUGUCUUCAAUUUUGCUUCAUGUGCUCAUUUCUCCCCACCCACCUGCUGUCAAUCACCUUUGGAGGUGCUCAGAGUUGAAAGGGCAGUUGGGAAUUUUUUUUCAUGAUCAU